AUGCGCGGAAAGCUGCUGCCGAUGGCUGGCCUCUACCUGGUCCAGGGCCUGCCCUAUGGGUUGCAGUCUGGCCUGCUGCCCGUGCUGCUGCGGGCCCGUGGCCUCUCGUUGACGCGCGUGGGACUGGCCAAAGGGCUUUAUGCACCGUGGCUGUUCAAACUGGCGUGGGCCCCACUAGUGGAUACAAGGGGGUCUCCACGGGCCUGGCUGGUGCUCAGCACGGCUGCGCUGGGCAUCGUGUGUGGGUUGCUAGCAGUGUUGCCUCCAGCUGAGGCCGGCCAGGUUGGACUGCCCGCCACUACCGCAGUAUUGCUCCUGUUGCUGAACUUGGGAGCGGCUGUGCAGGAUGUGGCCCUGGACGCCCUAGCUGUGCAGCUCCUGGAGCCCGCCGAGCUGGGCCCUGGCAACACGGUGCAGGUGGUUGCCUACAAGUUGGGAGCAGCACUGGCAGGGGGUGGGUUGCUGGCUCUGGUGCCCGCCCUCUCCUGGCCCCUGCUCUUCGUGCUCCUGGCUGCUUCCUAUUUGCUGGCCUCUGCACUGGCCUGGGCUGCACCAGCCCUACACCAGCUGCCACAGCCCCAGCCCUCAGAGCCACGCCCACGCCCUCAGCACCACCUGCAAGCCCUACUGGCUGUGCCUGGGACCCUGUGGCUGGCUGGCUUUGUGUUCACCUACAAGCUGGGUGAGCAGGGUGUUGGCAGCUUGUUCCCGCUUCUCCUGCUGGACCAUGGCGCCUCUGCCCAAGAGCUGGGGCUGUGGAGUGGCAUGGGAGCUGUGGCCUGUUCCAUCGCUGGCUCUUCCCUGGGCGGAGCCCUGCUAGCCAGGCACCGGCAGCCAUUGCCCCUUCUGAGGCCAGUGCUAAAUCUCCGCUUGGGAGGCCUGGCCUGCCAGACUGCCCUGCUCUUCUGCUUGGAUGCCUUGGGGACCGAUGUGAGCCCUGGCACCGUCCUGAAAGGGAUGGCCUUGUUGAGUCUGUGUGUGCAGCACUUCCUGGGAGGCCUGGUCACCACUGUCACCUUCACCCUGAUGAUGCGUUGCAGUCAGCUUGCCCCCAGCGCCUUGCAGGCCACACACUACAGCUUCCUGGCCACCCUGGAGCUGCAGGGGAAGCUGCUGCAGGGCACACUGGCUGGCGCACUAGCCGACGGGCUGGGGCUGCGGCCCUGCUUCUCUGUCUUCCUGGCUCUUGCAGCUGUGCCCACUGUCUACCUGGGCUUGGCGCCCGGCUCCCUGAACCUAUAA